AUGGGACGUGUUGUACAAAUCGAUGUCCCCUUGUCCGUACCUGAUAGUAUGCCUCACUUGGCAACAGGUGGAAGCGAUCCAGCGCCCAACUGGUCCUUGUUCGUCUUCUUUGCCACCUUUGGAACUCCUAUUUUUAUCGUAUUCUUCCCAUGGGCCUAUGAACGCAAGACAAAGUUCAAGAAAUUGGCAAAGUUCUUUCUUAAACCACGCACAAACAUCGUAUUCGGCAUCUUUGACACCGUUCUCUGGGCAACUGCAGGUAUUGCCAUGACCGUCUAUUCAAACAAGGAUUCGACCUGCAGCUUUGAUUCCGAAAAAGAAGAAUCUUUUGGAAGCUCAUACACUGGCUCCUGGGCCACUCAGUGUAAUCUUGCUAAGGCAGGUGCUGCUUUCUCUUGGAUGACAUGUAUCCUGUGGGCCAUGUCGCUUGUGUGCUCGCUCAUCGAUUCUUUCCGAGAGAAGCAGGCAAUGAGAAAUAAUAAAAAGGAACAGUCAUUAAACAGACAAUCGGCUGCUUUCCAGACAGACUACGAGGAGGACCACGUUGGAAGAAACUACAGACCAGUACAAUCAUUUGGAGGGGACCAUUUUGACGGACAAGUCGUAAAUACACAGCGGUCGCCCUUUGAGUCGCCCUAUGAUCCUCCGGCUGAGCAGAAACAAGAAGUCCCACAACCUCAUCAUGACUCGUACUACCGAUCUUCUCCUAUGGCUGCACAAGAACAACACGAAUAUUCCUAUCAGGACUAUCGUCAUGAAGGAACAGGAGGAGGAGGAGGAGCACCAGCACAAAGACAUAUACCAGAAGCCACUGCUCCCUAUUCCGACUACGAAGCUCAGCCUGGCCAAUACCAGUCUCCAGCACCUCUUACUUUUAGUCCAAUGCCCAUGCCAGAAUCUACUUUCCACACACCACGACAGUAAUAAAAAAAAUACUUAAGAAUUAUAAUAAUUCCCUUACUCCUCCUCUUGUAAAUUUUCCCCUCUUCCUUCUUUCUUCUACCCUUUCAGUCUUAUUUCCAUAUUAUUUUCUUAUAAUAUACAAAUAAAUAUAUCAAAAUAUACUAAUUUUUAUCCUU